UGUCCGGGUUUUGGGAUGUCGUUCCAGCUUAUCUUCCUGCUAUGUAUUCAGCCUGUGCCAGAAUCACUUCUCUGGACUUGAUUUAUGCAGCGAUUCAAAGUCCUGAUCUUGUAAAAAUUAUUAGCCUAUGUCCGCAUUUACAGUGUCUCUGGGUUCUGGAUUACAUUGAAGAUGCUGGUCUGGAAGCCCUGGCUGCAUCUUGCAAGGAUUUGCAAGAACUUCGGGUGUUCCCUUCUGAUCCUUUUGAGGCAGAAGCUAACGUUGCUUUGACAGAACAGGGGCUUGUCUCCGUUUCAGAAGGCUGCCCCAAGCUCCAGUCUGUUCUAUACUUUUGUCGUCAAAUGUCAAAUGCUGCCUUGAUUACAAUUGCAAGGAACCGGCCAGAGAUGGUCCGCUUUCGACUUUGUAUCAUUGAGCCUCAAGCUCCUGACUACCUGACUCUCGAACCACUUGAUACUGGUUUUGGAGCCAUAGUAGAGAACUGCAAGGAAUUACGACGCCUUUCCAUGUCCGGCCUCCUUACUGAUCGAGUUUUUGAAUAUAUUGGAAAGCAUGCUAAGAAAUUGGAGAUGCUGUCCAUAGCUUUUGCCGGGGAUAGUGACAUGGGCCUCCAUCAUGUUUUGUCUGGAUGUGAUAGCCUGCGGAAACUGGAGAUCAGGGACUGUCCAUUUGGGGACAAAGCUCUCUUAGCAAAUGCUGCAAAGCUAGAGACAAUGCGAUCCCUUUGGAUGUCAUCAUGCUUGGUGAGCUAUGGAGCGUGUAAGCUGCUUGCUCAAAAGAUGCCCAGGCUCAAUGUUGAAGUUAUAGAUGAGAGAGGUCACCCUAAUUCCCGGCCAGAAAAUUGCCCUGUUGAGAAACUCUACAUCUACCGGACAGUUGCAGGACGGAGAGUCGACAUGCCUGAUUUCAUCUGGACGAUGGACAAAAACGCAGGAAGCCCAGAGGUGUUUGUGAGCAAUGGUGCUGUUGAGCUAUAAAACAUUCCUUCAGCUGAAGCAGUGGAAGUGGGAAUGAGCUUUGGAGUUAUAAUGGUCGGAGACGCCUAAAUGGGCAUCUCGUCUGCAUUGGGUUUUGCUUGGUGGAGAUAUUAUUCACCACCCGUUCAGUUCCCAUUUGAGGCCCAACUCUCUGUUGUAUCUUGUGUUGUAUGAGUUUGUUUGUACGAGUAACUCGUGUACUAAAAUGUAGACUUACUUAUUCAAUCUUUUAGGAGGCUGAUUGUUUUCUUUUUUUUUACAGAAACUUCCACUAUUGUACUUGUAUUAUUGAUUUUGUUCCAUUAUUAUUAGAUGUCUAUGCCCAGCAAUAAAGCGUUCAAAUUUCAUUUCA